CUAAGACCCUAAGACCCAACCCUGUCUCCUGCCCGCCCGCCUCUGCCGCCGGCUGCCGCCUCGCCAGAAUCAUUAUUCCUUCACACACUCGGACCAAAGAAAGGGCCGGCCUGAAGCCGAUACCCGAGAGUGAUGGGUGGCGGCGCCGGCGCGAGCGAUCCUCCUCCGCCGCCGGCAGCGGGCGACGCCACCAAGCCGUUCCAGGUGGACCGGGCGCUGCAGGCGCUGGGCUUCGAGUUCACCCGCGUCACCGCGCGGGAGGUCGCCGGCCGCCUCCCCGUCACCGAGACCUGCUGCCAGCCCUUCGACUGGCUCAACGGCGGCGUGUCGGCGCUCAUGGCGGAGGUCACGGCGAGCAUCGGCUGCUACGUCGCCUCGGGCUACCGGAGACUCGCCGGCGUGCAGCUCUCCAUCAACCACGUCGGGCCCGCGGGGCUCGGCGACCUCGUCCAGGCCACGGCCACCCCCAUCCAGCUCGGCCGCAAAAUCCAGGUUUGGGAGGUCCAGAUAUGGAGGAUAGAUCCUUCCACAUCAGAGUGCAAAGAUCUGGUCUCAACAGCAAGGGUUACCUUAUUAGCCAACCUAUCGACCCCACCAAAGAUGAAGAGCUUUGAAGAAGGCCUCAAGAAAUUGUCAUCAAAGUUGUAAAGGCAUGUUUAUUACAUAUUACGUACAUCUUACAAACAUGGAACAAAACAUCUCCUAGUCAACAAAGUCAAUCCUUUGCGGAAAGUUUUGGGCUCAGGGCACAAUUUGUUACUUGCGUCACAGCAUAAUUCCCAAACAGAAGCUACUUGGUACUGCAAUAGGCUUAUGAUGUUUCAUGUUCAUGCAAAUGUGCAGGACUACAGCGAGAAAGCAUGUAUAAGUUCAUCAAGAAUUUAAGGAGGAAGAAUAAACUCAGGAUUUGGGACUGACA